AUGGCACGUACGCUAUCGACCCCGCCCAGCCACCGCCCCCCGCUGACCGCCGCCCAGCUCUCGCAGGAGGAUGAGAACGACGACAACACGGAGGUCACCUGGGAGGACCAGCAGCGCAUAAACUCGUUCUCCAAGCUGAACAACCGUCUGCGAUCGAUCCAAGACAAGAUCGCGGCGCUGAAGACCGAGAAGGAGGCUCUCGAUGACAUCUCGAUGGAGCUUGAGCUCGCGGACGAGGACCAACCCGUCAUGUACCGCAUUGGCGAGGCGUUCAUUCACCUCCCGCACGCGCGCGCAAUGAAGCGGCUUGAGAGCGACGUCGCACAGCUGAACGACGAGCUGUCGCGGCAGAACUCGAACGUAGAGCAGUGCGAGAGCACGAUGAAAGAGCUCAAGGUUGCGCUCUACGCGAAAUUCGGUCGGGCGAUCAACCUCGACGAGUAG